AAGAGUCCCGGAGAGCUGGAUGAAUCCCGAGCAGUAGCUGCGGUCUGGCUGGUUUUUCUCUCUGGAGGAAGUUCAUGGUUUAAGUGAGGGGCGCCUGGAUCUGGUCCCGAGUCACCAUGACACUCCUGGGGUCUGAGCACUCCUUGCUUAUUCGGAGCAAGUUCAGAUCAGUUCUACAGCUGCGGCUUCAGCAGAGAAGGACCCGUGAGCAGCUGGCAGACCAAGGCAUCAUGCCCCCACUGAAAAGCCAAUCCACAUUCCAUGAGCAACGAAAAAGUCUGGAGCGAGCCAAGACUGAAGACUAUCUCAAGCACAAGAUCAGAAGCAGGCCUGAGCGAUCAGACCUGGUCAAUAUGCACAUUUUACAAGACUCAGCUGCAGAGGGGUCCAUUCAGUCUACCCAAAUGAAGCUGAAACGAGCCCGACUGGCUGAUGAUCUCAAUGAAAAGAUUGCUCUCAGGCCGGGUCCUUUGGAGCUGGUGGAGAAGAAUAUUAUUCCUGUCGAUUCAGCUGUGAAAGAAGCCAUAAAAGGCACACAGGUCGUCUUCCCCAAGUCAACCGACGCCUUUGCCUUCGAGGAGGACAGCAGCAACGAUGGGCUGUCCCCAGAGCAGGUCAGGAGUGAGGACUCCCCAGGCUCCACCGAGUCGUCAGCCGGCCCCAAGGUCCCGGAGCUGGUCCCUGCUGCCCCUGCGAGUGUGGCACAGGAUCAGACCCACGAGGCCGACAGCCAUGCCCUGGACCCGUCCCCGGGGCAGGACAGGCGGUGUGACAGCCCCAAGCCGUCAGCGGGGCAGGAGAGCCCACCCCUCCCGCUGCCCUCGGCAGUGAAGUCCAAAUCAUCCAGUGAUAGCAAGAACCGUCACAAAAAGCCAAAGGACACCAAGCCCAAGGUGAAGAAACUGAAGUAUCACCAGUACAUCCCUCCGGACCAGAAGGCAGAGAAGUCCCCUCCGCCCAUGGACUCUGCCUAUGCCAGACUCCUCCAGCAGCAGCAGCUUUUUCUGCAGCUCCAGAUCCUCAGCCAGCAGCAGCAGCAGCAACAGCAACAGCAGCACUUCAACUAUGCAGGGAUGCACCAAGGCCAACUUAAGCAAUCAAAUGAGCAAAUGGUCAAAAGUUCAAAUUCUUCAUCAACUUCUGCCAACAACACCCCUCUUUCUCCUGUGAAAACCACCUUUUCAGGCCAGACUUGUGUCUCAUCUAUCAAGCCAGGACCUCUGCCAUCUAACCUGGAUGAUUUGAAAGUGUCAGAGCUGAGACAGCAGCUCCGAAUACGAGGUCUGCCCGUGUCAGGUACCAAAACAGCACUGAUGGAACGGCUGAGGCCCUUCCAGGAGUGCAGCAGCAACACUGUGCCAAACUUCAGUGAGAUCACCACCGUCACCUUCCCAGUCACUCCAACAAGCACUCUGUCAAGUUACCAGUCACAGUCCUCCACCAGCAUGUUAUCAAAUGGCUUCUACCACUUUGGCAGCACCAGCUCCACCCCACCCAUCUCUCCAGCCUCCUCUGACCUCUCUGUGAGUGGCUCUUUGCCAGACACAUUCAAUGAUGGGCCCAUGUCUUCUCCACAGUUUGGUCUCCAGGCAUCUCCAGUUCAUGGAAGUGCUGAAGAAAGCCUCAUGAGCAGCAUGAAUGGAGGCAGUAUCCAGCUGGAGCUGGAAGGGAUUGACACAGAAAAAGACAAGAUGCUGGUGGAGAAGCAGAAGGUCAUCAAUGAACUGACUUGGAAGCUGCAGCAAGAGCAGAGGCAGGUGGAAGAGCUACGCAUGCAGCUCCAGAAGAGAAAGAGAAGCAAUGGCCUUGAGGAGAAGCAGCAACCCUCUCAGCAUUUCUUUGGUGUUCCCAUCAAGCAAGAAAACUCAGUGUCCAGUUGUCCAUUUGCAUCCAAACAAACUACCUUGAAAGGCCAGGCCAGCAGCUCGGAUAAGUUAAGUAACUGUGGGGUGUCACAGCUGCCGCACAUUGUGAACAGCCGCUGCUUGGAGCCUGCGGGGCAGAGCACCAUCACCUCCUCCACAUUCCUCAGCCCGCAGUGCUCCCCCCAGCACUCUCCUCUUGGGGCCGCCAAGAGCCCGCAGCACAUCAGCCUCCCUCCCUCCCCCAACAGCCACUAUCUCCUCUCGGUGUCUCCCGGCUCCCAGGCAGAGGUCCGCAGCGCUUCCCCGCAGAGCAGCAGCUGCCUGCGUACCGCACCGAUGACAACGCAGGCAGGUCAAAAGUUUUCUAUUGCACCCCCAAGUUUUUAUAAGUCAAGCCCAGCCCUCUCAGAGGUAAAGCAGCCUCCACCCUAUGAGGAUGCAGUAAAGCAGCAGAUGACACGAAGUCAGCAGAUGGAUGAGCUCCUGGACGUGCUGAUUGAGAGUGGAGAAAUGCCAGCCAACGCCAAGGAGGAUCGGUCCUGCCUCCAGAAAGUACCUCAGAUAACAGUGUCUACAGGGAACCCCAGCGCUGCUCUCCCAAAGCCACCCGGAGCCUUUGAGCAGAUCUCAGCCCCACUCCCCUUCGAGCACUGCCCGGGCAGCAGUGACUCUCACCUCGAGGUCCUGCUGAAUGCCCACAGCCCUCUGGGCAGGGUCAGUGAAAUUGCCCUGCUGAAGAUGGGGGGAGAAGAGUCCCACUUUGAAGGUAUGAUGGAGGGGUUCUCUGGCAAAGCCACAGAUGAACUGCUCACAUCCCAGGAGAUUUUACAGACUCCUCUCUCACCCAUGGAAACUCAGCUCUCCCCUUCCCCUGCUGAUGGCUCUGGUUUACAAAUGAGUUUCACUGAAUCCCCGUGGGAAACGAUGGAGUGGUUGGACCUCACCCCCCCCAGCUCUGCUACUGGCUUUGGCUCCCUCACCCCUGUGGGGCACAGUAUCUUCAACAUUGAUUUCCUGGAUGUCACCGAUCUCAAUCUGAACACCAGCAUGGACCUGCACCUGCAGCAGUGGUGAAAGGGAGGGUGGUGGAGGCCUGCAGCAGCCAGCACAGUGUUUCUGCCAUGCUGGAAAACACACAGGGCUAAUGUGCCAAGUCCAGGGGAAACUGGAGUAAUUUUCCCAGCAUAUAAACUUGUUUAAAUUUCCAGUUACUGCGAACUGACAGCACAACAGCUGAGGGACUUUUGUUUUCCUUCAUCAACACAUCCCCACGGAGGACAUCAGUGCCUUUAACACUUCUUUAGAUUGACCAGAACUUCAGUUUUGUUUCUUUUAUCUUUUCCCCCCUCAACCAGUUGUAGAAGUCACUCUUGUAAGAACUGGAGCAGCUCAUGACAAAACUCUGUGGUCAGGAGAACUCACCUGGGUAGCAAUGGGAAAUCCUGGAAAAGAGAUCCUGUUGCUGCCCUCUCUUCUACCCACCUCCAGCUCUUUAGACGAUCCUGUUGGGCUUCUCUUGGCAAUGCCCAGGCCAGGGUUGUGGGAGCAAGGAGGCUCUGCCCAGCCAGGGCCACAAGCACACUUCUCCAUACAUCCAGACUCACCUUUCUUCCUUCCUCCUGCCGCCAAAGCUGCUCUGUCCAGUCCCUGCACAGCUUUGCUCUGGGUGGAUGAGAGAUAGAGACUGUCAUGUUCAUGGUGGCACCUUGUGAUGUCCUCACAGUGCCUGGAGGGGUCCCAGAUGCCAUCCAAGCUGCAGUAUGGACUGAAUCAGGCAGAAGCCUGUGACCUUGGAGCAGAGAGCUCUGGAGGUUGGAGACAGCUGCUCAAGCUGUAGGUUCAGGUAUCAAAGGGACAUGGCAUCCCAGUGGAGCUGUCAUGUCCCAGCUGGUCUGGUACAGAUAAAGAGAUAUGUAAUGUGGUUUUGGUCCAAGGUAGGAGCAAGUUGCAUAGAAAACAGAGCCAGGCUUUGGAGGGACUGUCUUUUGCACAGGACAAUCAGGAUGGAUCUCCACCACCCUGCAUGGCCUGGGAGCUGGGGGAGCCAGAAAUGGGCACUCAGUGACCUGCAUGUCAGCGAUGAGCAGGCCCUGGCAUGGCUGUGAUUUUGUGUGAGCAUCUGCUUUUGUUGCCUCCACUUCUCUCCCAUCCAUCCCUCCAUCCUUCUUCCAAUUCCUCCUCAACCUGCAGCAGUCAUCCCCUUCUUCUCAAGUUUACUCCAGCGUCACUGUUCACUCAGUCCAGGGCAAGGCCAUCUGGAGAACAGCUGUGAAUCACUGAGCCUGGAGGAGCCAGUUCUCCUGAAGCCAGCAGAGGUGGAUGCUCUCCUGCAGUGAUGCCUCCCAUUUGAAGUCACAGUCUGUGCAAUAAUAUCCUUCCUCAGGUGCCAGCAAAAUGAAGCCUUUCCUUCACUUCUUGGCUUCCACCAAAGAACUUUGCUGCAGACCGUUUGACGGACACUUACUUCUACUUCUUUGCAAUUCUGGUUUUGCCAAAGUAAAUAUUGUUGCUGACAAAGAUUGUUAAACUAUUUACAGACUGAGCGUAUUUAAUAUUUGUGUUACUGGAAGGAGAGUGCAUGGAAGAUGCAGCAGCUAGGAGGAGGUCUGGUGUGAGGGGCUGGUGGGCAGCCUGGCUGUGGCUCCCACUGGGAGCACCCCCAGGGAUGCUGGAGCUGCUGGAGGAGGCUCUGCAGCCCCUGCAGUGUCUCCAGUUGGUACCGUUGUUGCAUGCUGUAUAAAGCACGUGGCAGUAGCUUUCAACUCACUAUUUAAAGCACCACUUCUCUAUUGUACAAAUGGUCACAGCACACUGCUAGGAUAGACAAUCACAGGUUGCGUUUUUUUUUUAAAGCAUUUCUUUUUCUAAGUGAGAGAUUUGUUGAAGCCAGUCCAUGGGGAAUAUUCAUAGCACUUGAAAGGGAGUAGUGUUAGCUGCUACACUGCCUCGUUGUACAGGCCUUUCCAGAUAAUUUUCUCCUUGCAGCAAAUAUAUUUCCUUAUCUAAAGGGAUGCUGUCAGCUUCAAACUUGUAAACCAGCACAUUUCCUUACCUAUGUUACCAGCAACACCUUCA